UUAUACGAGUUGAGAGAGGCUGAUGCUCAGAGUGCAGGUUUUUAGAGAAAUGCUCAGAAAUCCAAGAACUGAUCCAAAUACUGCUAUGGGGUUGUUUAUAGUGAGGGAUGAACACACACCCAAAAAGCCCCAAAAGUUGAUUUUGCAUGGCAUAGGCCCUUCAAGUCAUUUUUGUCUGGUUUCAUUUCAGAUGGUGACGCAGUCAAAAAUUUCUCAGCAAUCUCUAACAGAAAAGACAAUUUGACCGAUCACUUGAAUGCUGUUAUUGAGAGGCUGAAUUCCAGCCUCACUGAAACAACCAAGGAGCUGAUGGAAUGUGAACAAAGUAAGUAUGAAAACCCUGUAUUAAAAUGUGAAUAUGCAGUUAAAUCAUUUAAAUGGAUUCCAUAACAGAAAAAAAAAAAACUUUAAAAAUUGAUCCAAAUACUGCUAUGAGGUUGUUUAUAGAGAGUAAUGAACAUACACCUAAAAGCCCCAAAAGUUGAUUUUGCAUGCCAUAGGCCCUUCAAGUCAUUUUUGCCUGGUUUCAUUUCAGAUGGUGACACAGUCAGAAAUAGAAAAGACAAUUUGAUCGUUCACUUAAAUGCUGUUAUUGAGAGGCUGAAUUCCAGCCUCAGGAAAACAGAAUGUCCUGCAGAAUGGAAGAGCUUUGACUCCUCUUGUUACUUCCUCUCUGGAGAGUCCAAGUCCUGGGAUGAAGCAAGGAGGUUCUGCAGAGCCAGAGAAGCAGACCUGGUGGUGAUAAACAACCGUGACGAAAAUGCAUUUCUUCUUGCAUUCACCAAAAGAUCUGUUUGGAUUGGAUUGUCUGACGAAGCCUCGGAGGGGACCUGGAAAUGGGUAGAUGGAAGUCCUCUGACUCUGAAGUUCUGGAAGCAUAAUCAGCCUGAUAAUGGUGCUGGAAUCGCAAUAUAUGGAGAGGAAGAUUGUGCACAACUCACAUUUGAGGACUCUGGAUCUUGGAAUGACAUCUCAUGCAAAACGUCACUGCCGUGGAUCUGUGAGAAAAAAGCAAAAUAAUUAGUUUGAAAAUUGUUCUUCAUUAAGGUAGA